AUGCGAAAAACAGAAACAGCAAAAUUGAAAGAUGGUGAAUCAACAGGAUGGAUAAAAGUUUUAAAAAAGCCAUCUUCACGAUUGAAUAAUCGCGUUACUGAAUCAAAAUCGAGUAACCGCGUUACUGUUGAUCCACAAACUAAUACCGCAUUACAAGCGAAUAAUUUAGUUGAUACUGAACCGCAACAAAAACUUACUAAACAAAAAUCGCGUGUAACCUUAAAGCAAUCUUCUUUAUCGCAAUUUUUUCAACUGGAAAAUAGAUUUGAAAAUAAUCAACUAAAUACUGCGAAAGAAGUCAAUAAUACCUCACGUCAAAAUCAAACUAUUAAACCACCUGCAAAAAAGCAGUCGUCAAGAAAGCGAAAAGAUGCUCAAGAAGAAACAAUAGGAAAAUACGUUAAACAAGGUCAGAAUCGACAAAUUACUUUGACAAUAUGCUUUGAAAACUCUAUGAACUUUUAUGCGCGAUUGAGAGCUACCAAAGAAAAAAGUAAUGCCGGUAAAAAUUGUGAAAAAAUAAAUAAUCGUAUCAAAAAAACAAUUCCAGUUAAAACAAAUAAUAUAAUAAAUGGAAAUGAAAAAAUUCAAAGAAAAUUGGUAGAUUUCUUUCGCUUGAAAAAUCAACAUAUAAAACAUAGUCAAAAUACUAUAAUUGGUUCGGAAUUUCAAAAUCUUCCUAAUUCAGCAUCUGUGAAUGGUUCAACAACUAUAGAUGUUAAUCAGGAUUUGUCACAAGAAUGCUCUAAUAAUCCUCCUGAUGAUCUAAAUGGUGCAAAAUCAAAAAAAUGCCUUAUAUCUUCAAAAAAGCGUCUUGGUAUAUCUUAUUGGCAAAAUCGGGAUGAUCAACAAAUGCCUCAGGGUAAUUCUUAUCACUUAUCAAACUUUACCGUGUUAACCGAUGAUUCUUUUAUAACAACAUCUUCGCGAUUAAGUCCCGAAAUUUCAUCGGAUAAACAUCCCAGAAAGUCGUCAAAGAAUAUCCAUUGUGACGGCGGCAAUGUACAUGAUAAGGAAUUUGAAAAGGGUCCAUCAGUUCAAAUUAGUAAUUCUCCAUUACAAACCAAUGUGAAUCCUUUAUUAGAAAUGAAUAAUGAUAAACGUUUAGUGUCUGUGCAGAACAAUCCGACUUUGGUAGCAGCAUCAAAGUCAGUGAGUCGAAGAAUGCCAUCCCCAGAUAAAAAUUGCGAGAAUGCAGAUAAUGACAAUCUUUUCGAUUUAGAUUCCCAGGAGCAUAAGGAGAAUAAAAAUACCGAUAAUUUUCAAAAAAACGAAGAUCUCGAUUCCAAUAUGUCCACUCGUAACAUUAAACUUACGGAACAAACUGAAGCCUUAGAUGUCCCUCCUAAACAAGAAGCACUAUUUUGUUCUACUUCGCCUGUAUCGUCUCCAUCAUCAUUCUUUUCACAAUCACAAAUUAUUGAUGAAAUGGGUCAUCAAGAUAAGUCAAAAGAGAUACCUAGAUCUCGAACGCCAGACUAUCUUGCCAUUCAAGAAAGGUUGAUUAAAUCUGGCAUUUCACCCGCACCUUCGCCACCGUCAUUAUUUUCUCAAGGUGCAUUUGAGCAAAUGUCAUUGUCUACUUUGGAACAAAUGCCUUCACUAAACAUGUGUACUCUUCAAUUUGAUGAUUUCGAUGACUUGUUUUGA